AUGGCUGCCAGUGUUUCUUCAAGACAAAAACGCAGACGCAUUCAGCAAAUAUUGGUUAACGGAAGUGCGUUUUACCAGGAAGAUGCCGAGCAAUAUUCCUCUGCUAACCAAAGUGUGACUGGUGCCAGUGAAUCAAACAGUGAUCAAAGUGAUAUAUUACAUAACAACUCAUUACAAGAUUAUUGCAUUGCAGAAGUUGUCGACAGUGACAUGAAUCAUAGUGAUACAGAACCUGACAGUGACAGCGAUGAUGAAAUUUAUGUAGACUGUGAAGAAGAAACUGAAACGUGUUAUGAAGUGGAGGAAGAUGACACAUUUUUCGACUGUGAGGAACACAAUAUUAACACAUGUGAGUUUCGUGAAAGUCUUGCCUCUUGGGCUGUUCAGUGCCAGAUUCCGCAAUCGCAUGUAGACAAAUUACUUGUGCUCCUGAAAUCAUUCUCAGACUUUGACACAUCCAACCUUCCUAAAAGUUGUCGAACACUUCUGAAAACUAUUCGUCGCACUGCAACAAAAGUAGUUGGCCCAGGACACUACUAUCACUGUGGUGUUGAAAAAGGAAUCCUGUCAACUCUUCAAAGAAUGCAAGUGAAACGCAUUCCUUCUAAACGUAUCAAAUUGCUGAUAAAUGUUGACGGUGUGCCCAUAGCUAAAAGUUCCGGUAUCUAUCAUGGGCCUUCCAAGCCAUCUGAUGCAAAUGUUUUCCUUGCUGAUUUCACAACAGAAAUAUUAGAUUUGCUUGAAAAAGGCAUAUUGUAUAACGGUGAGGCCCCAUUGCGUACCGAUGCAACUUUUCGAAGUCAACGACAAGACGAGCAUCACACAGGUCGGUCAAUUUUAGAGCAGUUGCCAAUUGAUAUGGUGGCCACCUUUCCCCUAGAUUACAUGCACCUUUGCUGUUUGGGGGUCAUGCGUAAAUUGUUGUGGCAAUGGAUAAAAGGUCCUCUUUCGUGUAGAUUAAGCCAAACUCAGAAAAACACAAUCUCGAGCUUUUUAAUUUUUUUGGCAAGUUACAUUCCUUCAGAAUUCAGUCGUAAAUCGCGGUCGUUAGCAGAAUUAGCAAGGUGGAAAGCCACCGAACUAAGAGAAUUUUUAUUGUAUACUGGUCCGAUUGUAUUGAAAAAUGUGCUACCAAAACGCCUUUACGAACAUUUCCUUCUUUUUCAUGUUGCGGUCAAACUUUUGGUAGCACAACAUUUCUGCAAAGAGUUUAACGACUACGCCAAACAGUUGCUUGUGUUGUUCGUGACGGAGGCAAAAGAAAUUUACGGCAAAGAAUUUCUCAGCUACAACGUUCAUAAUUUAAUUCACUUGGCAGACGAUGUACGUCACUUUGGCAAUCUUGAUUCUUUCAGCGCUUUUGCUUUCGAAAAUUAUCUGCAGGACAUUAAACAUCUUUUGCGAAAACAUAAUCAACCCUUAGCCCAAGUUAUCCGAAGACUUGAUGAGAUCCAGUUAAAUCUAGUACCACGGAUAAAUUGUGCUGUCUCACCUUUCGUAUUGAAAAAGAAACACACUCAAGGGCCGAUGAUAAAUGGCUGUCGUGGCGUUCAGUUCAAGUUUCUCCAAUGUCACUCAUGGACUUUUCGUACAGAUAACGAUGCAGAUUGUUGCGCAAUUCUUCAGGACCAAACGAUUGUAAAAUUGCCAAUUUAUUGA